UCGUCGCCCUUACAUCACUUCCUGUGCCGCUCAAUCGCCGCUUCCUCGGCUUUGCCACGCGACGCCGUUGCUAUGGUGCACACCUGUUACCUCUCCUCGCUCACCUGGCGGAAUGAUGUGAGGUCGCCAACGCCAGCUGGUUCGCAGAGGGGAUGCCUUUAUUUGUACAAAUGGACGAUAUCUAAACAUGGACGGUUCUCAUCGCUCCGACAUUUGUCACAACACCGGUCGCUUUUAGGAUAACGAAGACCGCGAAAAUGGAGUAGAUUUUCCACUCAUAAACAGCGUGCCUCAGCUGAUCUACCUGGCCAUGGGCGAUGACACUGACCUGCCCGAGGUCCAGUUCUCCAACGAGGAGUACUACUGUAAGCUGGCACAGCUGAAGAAGGCCCACCACUGCACCAUGGCUGAACUCAAGCACAUGUUACGCAGGAACCUGCAGCUGAGGGGCGUGGCGACUCCCGAACUGUGAGCGCAGAUUUGUGUGCUGCAGUGGGGUGGGUCCAGCCUGGUGCUUCCGGGUACAUUAAAGAAGACCCCCUCUGCCCUCGAGCUCAGAAGAGACUCAACCUUCUCAGACACAGAUGAGGAGUGUGAGUCUGACUGGAAGCACGGUGACUAUGGCAACUACAGCAUGAAGAAAGGCCUUCUUAACUCUGCCAAAAAGCACAUCAAAAACAUGUGGCGGGAUUUCAGCAUGGACACAAUAUCUCCACAGCAACAGCACCCUUCCUCGGCUUCGCUCCUGAGCCAUCGGGACAACCAUCGGGUCACCAUGCGGUCCAAAGUCGAGGUCAGAGGUCAACAGUCGAAAAAACAGCAGCAGGUGAAAGGCCGCUGUCGGCAGGUCACGGUGCCCAAGCCUUUCCACAUGACGCUGCGGGAGGCGGAGUGCAAACGGAAGGGCGUCAAGUCCCGCUCGGAGAUCGAGUGGGAGAACGGCAAGCUGCGGCAGCAGCUGGAGGAGCUGGCGGAAUGCCAGCGCACGUUCCGUGCCGGCCCCGUGCCGGCGCACGUGUACCUCCCCCUGUUCAAGGAGCUCCAGGAGCAGCGUGAGGAGCGGCGGCAGCUACACCACCUACAGGCGACGGAGGACCAGCGCCUCCGUGCCACCCAAAGACCUUUCAGCUUCCUGGAGAGGGAGCGUGCGAGGGCAGAGCAGAAGGAGGCUUGCCUCCUGGAGCAGGCGGAGGAGGAGCGGAGGAGGAGGAGGCCGUUCCAGGCCAAGCCCGUCCCCCGGGCUGUCAGGGAGGCAGCGUGGGGUGAGCGGCAGAAGGAGGAGGAGCUCUACCGGGCGAUCAGGAUGCAGAUGCGGGCGAGGGAGAUGCUACGGAGAUCCUCGCUGCCGCCCAGCGCGCAGGACGCUCGCCCGGGCGGCCGGCGGGGGCAGGAAACAGAAGGCCAAGCCGACAUUGCCGGCCGACGGCUCAGGGCCGGCGGCAAAGUGCCCGACUUCGAUGGCAGCUACAGGCGCUUCCAGAGGCAGCUGGUGCGCAGGCGGGAGGUGCGUCCCGUGACGGUAUGCGAGCCCUUCCGGCUGUGCACUGCCAACAUCACCUCACGCAGACAGCGCAUCGCGGCUGACCUUGAGGCUGACGGAAGGAACCCACGGCAGUCGCGAUGGCCGUUUGUCACCCUGGCCGCCCCAGCCCCCCGAACGCCGGUGUGCUCCAGCCAGGACUACCUGCCAGCCAAGAUCACUGACUCAGCCAAGAAACGGCAUGAGGCUGUGAGGAAAGUUCUGGAACAGAGGAAGAAGGUGGAGGAAGAGGAGGAGAGAUGGAGGGAGAAACAAAAAAAGAAGGACCGGAGGCUGAGGAAGGUGAUAUGGAAGCGCGCGAAGGCGUAUGACCCACACACUACCCUGGCACAGACACACCAGCACAAACUCAGAGAGUUCAGGAAGCAGAUCCUGCACAGGCACAGGGAGUACCAAGAAGAGAUGAGAGAAAUGAAACAGAGAGUUAAAAGAAGACCACUCCUACUGGAGCAGGUAGCACAGAUGAAUGCUAAGCAGGUGGCACUGAGGCGCUACGUCGAAGCUCUGCAGCGGUGUGGCCUCAGCGAGGCCUUCAUCGGCACCAUGGCUUCUAACAGUCGAAAUCAGCAGCCCGAGUCCAUACCCGGCUCACCCUCAGACAGCCACUCCACACGCACACUCAGAAAGCAUCAAUGUGCUGAUCGUCCGCUGUCCGCUGUCAGUCCUGAGUACUCUUUACCUCGGGACCACCCUGCUGACCACGAUGAUUACCAGCAAGACAUCACGGGCAAAGCAACGGCUGACGAGGAGAUGGGGGAACACACCGAGGGAAACGAAUACGAAGGAAGUGCCAGCAAUCAGGAGGGAGAAGACGACACUUGUGAGGAUGAGCUGGAUUUUGAUUGUGUCGACGACAGCUGAGAUGACUGACAUCAUCAGUAAGCGCAGACACCGCUCCAGCGGCAGAGCUGGCAAGAGGAGCUACGGUCGCCAUAGCAACAAGAUCGUGGAGCAUGAGGAGGGCGGAAGACGUAUUAGAUCUUUGAGGAAUGGGAGGAAGAUGAAGGAUGGGAGAAAACAUUCAGGAUAGUUGGGCCUCCUUCAGAAGGGAGGACAGAGAGGGAGGAAAGGAGGGUGAGGAUAACUGAACAUGUUCGCUUUAUUUAUUUAUUUUUAAAAUGUAUUUAUUCUUUAGCUCCCCUUGUGGAAAACAUUGGGAUUUACCUCAAUAUGUUUAAUUACCUUGUUUUAUUUGAUAAUGUCAUAAAAUACUUUUAUUACAUGAAAUCUUCAAUGAUAUGGUAUGGUCAUAGAUGUGUAUUUGCACAAACAAUAAGUUUAAAUGGAGUAUAUUUAUGCAAUUAUGAAUUUUAUAUUGCUGUUUAUUUCAUAUUAUUAUUGAUAUUGGUACAAUAAAGCUCUACUCUAUUUCAUACUUAAAUAUGCUAAUGCACUCUGAGUUUAAAUCAGUUUGCCUAGGUUACAUAUACUUGUUUUCUUUUUGUAUAUUCCAUACAAUGGGGAAAAAUAAUUCUAGUAAUUUUCACAAUAUUAAUUACUUUACAAAACUAUGAUUAAACACGUUAGAUUUUACAGACAUGAACAACAACACCGACAAACACAGAAGUUACAGGACAUCAUCUCAGUAAUUUUCCAUCCCUAACUCAGUCCAGCCCACAUCGCAUUGAAAUUCAUGGGUCUUAAAUGCAACCCGUGCUCCAGCCUAGCGAGGGGUAUGAAAUCGGAGUGACAGCAUUACUGUCCAAUUGGAUAUACAGGAAACUGUUUCACGCUACAGCAAGUGUCCAAUCCUGCGGCACAAAGGGCGUGUACAUAGUCCAAAUUUUACGCGGCGCUAUGGGCUGAAAACUAAACCGAGAUGGAAUAUCCCAGUCUGAACCGGUUUCAACCGGUCUUGGGUUUGAUGCACGAGAUGAGAGAAGAGCUGGCUUACAGACUCUUUCAGACUAAUGCUUUAAAACCACGGGUUUUUGAAUAGAUAAAACAAUAAACUAACGUCUGCUUUACUUUGUGGUUAUGAACCGGGAUACCGCAUUAGCCAUGGCUCCGUAAAUACUGCUAGCAGGCUAGCCUAGGAACUCAAGACAUAACCACUGACACAGCUAGCUUCGCUGGCUAACUUGUUAACAGGGGUCAAGCUAUCUGGACGCGCCACAAAACGGCGAUUAUUGAUAGCGUCUGCCAGGUGUACUUUAGGAGCUGUUUUUUUUUUAAUCUGCAUUUUCACUUGGCGCUUUGGUUUAGUUUAGUACUGGCAUAUUAGCUGGUUAGCCUGCUAUUUACCUGGCUAGUUAACAGUUGCAUUAGCGACGUCUGAUCAAGUUCAUUGGCUA